AUGAGAAUUGCUGUAGUAAUUUCGGGAUGUGGUUCUCUUGAUGGAGCUGAAAUUUUUGAAACAGUAUUUACAUUGCUUGAGCUAGAUAGAAAUAAUGUAGAAGCUAAAAUUUUUGCCCCAAAUCAAAAACAACAUUAUGUUAUCAAUCAUUUGACUAAAAAAGAAGUUGCUGAGGAGCGUAAUAUCCUUGUUGAAUCUGCGCGUAUUGCUCGUGGAGAAAUUCAACCAUUAAAUGAAUUGCAAGUAAAACAAGUAAAAGAUUUUGAUGCCUUAAUAUUGCCUGGAGGAUUUGGAGCAGCCGCAAAUUUGUCUGAUGUAGCGUUUAACAAUGAAAAUGCUACAGUAAUCGAGGAUUUAAAAAAGAUAAUUAUGCAUUUCAAUGAUUUUACUGACUAGUUUACUAAUUCCUGUGUGUAUUUGAGUUAAUGGCAUGUCUAGCAUAAAAGCAGGAGUAGUAACUAGCUUAUUUUCCUUAUCUAUAACUAUAUCAUUAGCUGGGCAAAUUUCUUCUAAUGCGCCU